UGUAUUAGGUUUAAAAGUCUCGAAAGGAAACACUUUCCUUCUCGCCUAAUAGCACCUGAAAAAUCAAUUCGUGUUAUAACACACUAUGCGCCACAUGAGAAAUUUCAGUCAUGGUCGUAAACAUUUGAUGGAUUUAUAUAUGUUGUAACACAUAUUUAUACAUUCGUCCCAAUAUCUUGACUUGUCCGCCUUAUAUUCAACUUCUAUAAGUGGAUUACUGUAAAGUGCCUACAUCCUUUGCGAUUAUGUCAGUUUAUUACGAACUCGGGAUUUAUUUUUAGUGUAAAAAUGUUUAAAGGGACAUGUUAUGUUGGAAUUAUAAGUUUGCUUGUGGUCACUAAAUGUCGUAAAGUGUCUUCGGACAGCAGCUCUGAGGAGGACAUUGGUUGUGUGUUUCCAUGGGAGAAGCUCCACAGAACAUGUAUCCAGUUCAUGAACAAACUGCCAGUCCUUACUUGGCAACAAAGUCGCGAUGCGUGUUUAGGCAUGAACGCUGACCUACUGAGUAUCAACAGCAGACAAGAGAAUAAAAAGAUCAAAAAGUUGUUGAAGCAUCAUGUGAAUAAUACUGGGUUCUUAGAAUGGUGGAUUGGUAUACGUCAAGUCAACGGAACUUGGCAGUGGGUAGACAAUGAGGAAGUGUAUGAAAAAAUGCCGACAUGGGCUGGUGGUUAUGGUGGAAAUUCUGACUCGGAAGAGGACAAUAUUUUAUCAGCCGAACGAUGCGCUGUUUUGGAUGAUCGUGGACACCUCAGGGAUAAAGACUGUACUGCUGAGCUAAGACCUUGCAUAUGUGAAAAACUUACAUCGACCUCGUCUACAGGGACACCGUCCACAGAAACAACACGUGAAACCUCUAAAGAUACAACCACAAACAAACCAAUAACAGACUAUCCAUCUAAUAUACCUACUGGAAGGCAAACAAACAAACCUAUUACUGGACGUCCAAAUAGCAAACCAACCGGGAAACCAACUCAGAAACCAAAUACUGGCAGACCGACAGGGAAGCCACCAACUGGACGACCAACAGAGGCACAGGAAACGACGACAAAGGAAGACAAAGACGAGUUCUUAGGUUGCUUUGCUGUCAAUUAUGAAGACACGUGCCCACCGGUACAAGCAUUCGGAAUAUCUUGGCCACGCUCAGAUGCUGGUAAAAUGGUUAAAGUUUCUUGUGGUAAAGGUCAUGCAAAAUGGAAAUGUGACAAGAAGCCAACUUGUUGGAGAGAUGAACCGGAUGUGAAACAGUGUACAUCAGAAAGUAUUCAAAAGCUUACAGCCCAGGCGGAGGAAUUUCUAGCAAACACUAGCGAUUCUGAGAAAGCUAUGGCGUUUACUGAGAAUUUAGCUGCUUCUGUGGAUUCAGACGAAGCGAUGUCUGAACAAGACAUGUUCCAGUCCACAAAACUGAUGGACGCCGCCUCAAAAGCCAAACCGAAGAAUUCUAGAGAAGCAAAGAAUAUCAUCAAGAACGUUGCUAAAUGUGGAAGCGGUUUGGUUAGAAAAGAAAAGAAGGAUGCGUGGUCAAGAAUGAGCAAGGAAAGUCGGCGAACAGUUGCAUCAUCACUGCUUAGCUCCAUGGAUUCUGUCACUAAGAAAAUGCUGAAAAGUUUUGACAAACCAACAGUAGAAAACAUUGAAGAGGAAAACAUGGCUAUCGAGUUACAAGUUAUUGAUGUAAAUCAAGAUGAGUCAAGUGCUGAUGAUGCCAUGUUCCAAGGAGAGUCUAAUAGUUUUGCCAUUCCUCCUGAGAACCUUAAGCGAUUCAGUACAGGUAGUAUGGCACGAUUGGUUUUUAUCAACUACAAUAAUGUUGGACCUUUGUUGAUUCCAACUGAUGAAACAGCAGACGACAAUUCAGAACGCCAAGUAAUUAGUCAAGUGGUCAGUGCUUCUCUAGACGAGAAAGCUGAAGGAGAGCCACUUAUCAAACCUGUUCUGUUUACAAUGAAAACUGAAAAUAGAGCGUUGAAUCAAGAACUGAACCAGCAGUUAUGCUCAUUUUGGAAUUUCAGUCUUGGAUAUACUGGAGCAUGGUCCCAAAAAGGAUGUUCCCUGAAGGAUUAUAACGAUACACACACGACUUGUCAAUGUGACCAUCUCACAAAUUUUGCAGUCCUCAUGGACAUUCACAGUACCAAGCUGACGCCGAUCCACGCAACCACCCUAUCCUAUAUAACAUACGUCGGUAUCAUCAUUUCCAUCAUCUGCCUCUUCCUCACGUGGGUCACAUUUGUCUGUCUCAGUAUAAGAUGUAUACGGGGAUCUAGAAGUAGUCACGGACAUGGUGAUGCCAAUGAAUUUUAUGGAGCAAGUGGAAGUUACUCUGGAUCAACCGCCGGUUCACGUUCUGCACAAGGAGAGAGAAAUUCCAUACACAAGAACCUUGCAUUCUGUUUAUUCAUUGCCGAAAUAUUGUUUCUUGCGGGAAUAGAAAGAACAAAUAAUAAGGUUGCCUGUGCGAUCAUCGCAGGAUUCCUGCAUUACUUCUUUCUAUCCAGUUUUACAUGGAUGUUUGUUGAAGGCAUUCACAUACUGUUCAUGCUUGUACAAGUCUUUGAUGCAGCAAAAUCCAGACUCAGAUAUUACUAUGUUAUUGGAUAUGGCGCCCCAUUACUAAUUAUUGGUAUUUCUGCACUGGUGUAUUAUGAGGGAUAUGGAACGGAAAGAUAUUGUUGGUUGACUACUGACAGGAUGUUCAUAUGGAGUUUUGCGGGUCCUGUUGCAUUCAUUCUGUUGAUGAAUCUCGUUGUGCUCGUGUACGCAAUGUCUACGGUUUGUAAACACUCCGAGUAUGUGUUUGAAGAAAAAUCCAUGUUUGGAAGCUUCAAAGCGUGGAUACAAGGAGCGUUGGCCAUGGAAGUUCUUCUUGGGCUGACAUGGGUGUUCGGGUAUUUCUACAUCAGUGAAGAAGCAAUACCCAUGGCGUACCUGUUUACAAUAUUCAACAGCCUUCAAGGCAUUUUCAUCUUUGUGUUUCACUGCAUUCUCAAUAAAAAGGUUCGAAGUGAAUAUACACGUUUUAUGUGUUAUCCAAGGAGGCCCGUUUCAAGUGCGCCUCCUUCGUCGAAAGGUUCUCAUCUGAGUGACCCAGAUCCUAGCAAAUCUUCCUAUCAAAUGAAUGGGACAGGAAAAAAAUCCGAGUUCAUGGAUCUGGACAAAGACAGACAACCUUCAACUAGGUCUACUACAACUGCUUAGAAUCACGGUUUGCAUCGCUACUCACCAUGCUCACUAUGGUUUACAGUGACAGUGUUGCAGAAAUUCUAUAUAUUAUCUACUUGUACAUCGAUUAGAUACGAUUUUAUUUCAAUAUUGUUAAAAUCCCGGUUUAUCUCACUGGCGCCAGACCAGAAAGAAAAUGCCUCUGUACAUGUUAUACCCUACCCCUAGGUAUUCUAUAAGAACCAUGGUCAUGAACGGGAAAAUAUACUAACCCGUUUCAAUCGUAAAUUUCUCAACUUAGACGCGCAGUUCGGUGAAUGGGUACCUAGUAUAUUGAACAAGCGAUAAUUUAUCUUCCAUCGUGCACCAGUCGCAUUGUCUCAAUAUUCCUAUUGCUGAGAUUAUCAACAUAUUUUAUGCUUUCGUCAACGUAACAGAAAAAUCUUGCUUGACCUUCCCUAAUGAACAUCCGGUCUAGAGGUCACGGCAGUGAGCACAUGUUUGGCGAAAUGUAAACAAGCAAAAACAGAAUUAAAAAAAAACACAUUUUUACAAUAAAACUCGAAAUGAUGAAUGAAAUUCAUCAUGUAUAUGAUCUUUAAUUUGAAAUCGUGCAUUAGUCUGAGUCUGUUCUGUUUAUUGUAUUCAUUUUGUACAUUUCUGCUGCAUUUUCAUAUUUUAGCGAACACGUGUAGUAAAAUGACGAUUGACAUACAUUUUCACUUUAGCCGAUCAGAAUGGUUUUGUAAUCUAGAACUAAACUUCACCAGGGAAGUUCAAGCAAGUUUUUUGUGUAACGUUGAAAUAACUAUAAACUACGCGUUGUUUUUCUAAGAUAAGAUGUAUUGAAGAAAUGUGACCGGUACACAAUGGAAGAUAAAUUACCACUUGUUUGAUAUCCAUAGUACACAUUUACCGAACUGCAUGUAUAGGUAUGAAAUGCGCGAUUGAAACGGGUUAGUAUAUUUUCCCCUUCACGACCAUGGUUCUAAUAGAAUACCUAGGGGUAGGGUAUAACAUGUACAGAGGCAUUUUCUUUCUGGUCUGGCGCCAGUGGUUUAUCUGACUUGUGUUCAUUUUGAUAAGAGUAAAUGUAGAUUUUUUGUUUAGUAGUCUUAAACAUUGUUAUCCCCGUUGAAAUGGAUAUGCUUCAUCUGGAAUAGACCAAGAAGAUUGCUCUAACAUAGAAUGGAUCACACUUUAAGUACAUGAUUGUGAAUCUGUGUAAAAUGUAGUUUUUUACCAAGAGUUUUCCAUAUUGUUGGUGCUAUGUGUAUUGUUUGGUGAUUUGGUUAUAUUAAUUACUGCUUUGUAUAAUCAUUUUCUGUUUCGUUCCCGACAUGACAGCUUGUGCCAAAUUAUUAUCAUUAUGUACUUUUUUUCUUAUUUUUAUGAACACGGGUUGACAAUAACCUGUCUCGGCAAAGCAAUAAUAUUGUUGAUAACCCAGAUACGUUACGUAAAUAUAUAUGAAAAGAUGAAUUGUGUAUGCCAGUGUUAUUAGGAUAACUUUAACUUCUUGUGAAUAUUUAAGAUAUAAUUUAUUCUUUUUGAAUGUGCAACAUUGUUAUUAUUCCAUGUUUGUAUGAUAAUUUCUUUAUUGCAGUUAUAUAUGUUAAAUUUUCGUCUUUCAAAGAAUUAAUGUAAUAAAUAUGAUUUUUAAAAAGAGCUGACACAGGAGAUAGCAAACUAAGCUACUUCGAUGCUGGAUAGUGAAAUAGAACACAUCUGGUGUAAAAGAGUACCACAACACUUUUCAACUAUAAAAGGGACAUAAUUCAUAAAUAUUUUUGAAAGAGUUAUGCAUCAUCUGUAAUAUCAUAUGAUUAAUAAUGUGGAACAAUUAUUUUAAGUUUAAACUGAAUCGAUUCAGUAAUAACAUAGACUGUGUGAAAGUGCUCUGAUAGAUCAGGCACACCACGUUGUCUAUUUAGUAAUUAUUUCGUUAUGUACUGUUCAUGUAUUGUAAAGUGAUGUGUAUGUUUGUUAAAAAGAAAGGCUUGCCAUAAAUUGUGUUCAUCAAACUUUUAUUAUGUACAUUUAUAGUAGGUUUCUUUUUUAUCUAAAUAAACGAGCAAUAUAGUUGUCA